CUGUGGAUUACAUCGUCUGUCUUCAGCCUCACGUCACCGCAGUUAAAGCCAGUAAUCAUAAAGGCCCUGGCGCAUAAAACCCGCACUUUGUUAAUAAGAAUAGGUUCCGGUUUUUAUGGCAGCGGGAGUCGAACUGGCCAUGAAUCCGCCGCAUAUGACAGAGGAAAGGGCGGUUUUCACGCAGCUGAAGCCCGUGAGGAUGUCGGGAGCGGACGGCGCCGAGGACACGUCCGUGUUUGAAGACGUCAAACCGCCGAUUCAGCUGGAACUGGAUAAGUACCUUCCCCAGGUCAACUGCCCCCUGCUGACCACCUCCACAGACGUUGAAAAGAAGUAUAGACGAGAGAGCGCAUCCGUGGUCGACGAGUACUUCUCAGAGGACAAAGCUCCCACCCCUUACAGCCUCAACAUCAACCUCAUCCUCCCCAGCACCACGCACCUUCGCACAGGCCUCUACAGGCCCAGUAACCCCAAAACGCUGACGCCGCAGCAGAUCAAGACAGAACCGGGCCUGGAGGUUCCCUGCUCCCUCCCUGCCACCACCCAGGCACUGCCAGACUUCACCUCGGUCUUCAGCGUGCCGCCGGUGGUCAACAAUGUUUUCAUCAAGCCGGAUAUGAGCUCCACCGGUGGGGUGACGGUGUCCACUGCAGCUCAGCAGCAGCAGCCACACUUGGACACAGAGCUGCAGAUCGGGCCGCCACCGCCGCAGCCGCAGGUCUACCACAUGCCCAGCUCAGACCUCACCCUGUCACACAGCGGCACAGCAGCCCAGGGCUCCACCGGUGGCAGAACCAUGCUGAACCUCGGCACCGCUGCUUUGCCAACAAACAACGGCGGCUACAUGAUGCACGCUGAGCACCAACUGCAGCAGCAGCAUCACGGCUACUACCAGGCGUCAACCCAGCCCACGGCGCCCCACAGCCUGCCGCCCUCACCACCGAACUCACAACCAGGCAGUCCGGACGGCCAGCCGGAGCUGCUCACCCUCGGGACGCAGCCGCCGCCGUACCAGCAGCGCCUGGGGGGCCUGAAGGUGACCGGACUUUCUGCCCACGCACUUCUAAUGACGCACGGCCAGGGCGUUCUGACGGGGCCCAAAUACAACCGACGGAACAAUCCAGAACUGGAGAAGAGGCGAAUCCACUUCUGUGACUAUCAAGGUUGUACCAAAGUUUACACAAAGAGUUCCCAUCUGAAGGCGCACCAAAGGACACACACAGGUGAGAAACCGUACCGAUGCACGUGGGAGAACUGCGACUGGCGCUUCGCCCGAUCGGACGAGCUCACCCGGCACUACCGGAAGCACACCGGCGCCAAACCCUUCAAGUGCGUGGCCUGCAGCCGCUGCUUCUCCCGCUCGGACCACCUGGCUCUGCACAUGAAACGCCACCAGAACUAGAACCAAGCUGCCUGUGGAUCCAAACCAAAACAGUCAAAGAGAGCAGCAUCCACAUAUCCCAGCCACUUGUCUGGACUCUAGUACAUCUUGACUCAAACACUCCAAAGAAAACCUCGGGGUGCACUAAAGGACCUGAUUUUAAACUACAAGUUAAUCUCUUUGUAGAUAGAUCUUUUCUGAAGAUCGCUUCCAGGUUUCAAGAAUGGACCCCAAAACACCUGAUUGUCAUGGAAAACUUUUUUUUUUUCCCUACAAAAUGACUGUUUUCAUCUUCCAACUGCUUUCAACGAGACAUGUCCUGCCUGUGUACAUACAUGUGCAUAUAUCUGUGCGUGUGUGUGUGUGUGGGGGGGGGGGGGGGGGUGUGUGUGUGUGUGUGUGUGUGUGUGUGUGUGUGUGUUUGAGAAUACAGCGAAUGUAUUUAGCAUUAUACUUGAUGACUUUUCUUUUUCACUGAAUGCGAUCCUGAGUAAUGUUCUGUUUUGUGACUUCCUUGUGAUAAAAAUGAAAACCUCCAGCUGAGGGCCUGAAUGGGGGAAAAGAAGCAAAAAAAAAAAAAAGAACUAGCAGAUGAAAUAACGCAGCCCUCCAUGGAGGGGUUCAUCAGAAGCUGGUUAGGCCUGCUCCAGCUCAGGUAUUACCUGUCGAACCCACUGUUUGUAUUCUUCAUCCCUGUUGCCCCGGUGACUAGAAUGUCAGCAGAUUUUUUUUUUUUUUUGCACUGCAGUCUAUUUGCUCCUGUUUGUUUUUUCUUUAAUUGUUCUCAUAUUUGUUUAACGCUUUAGCUCUGAAAAGGCAGAUGCGGCUGGGCAGAACUUUUAUGUAAUCAGGUUUGUCCUCCUGGUUAUUUUAAUGCGUCAUGUGGCAGGAAAAUGACUCAGGCAGGUUAGCAUUCACUGCAAUGUGUACGUGACUUACUGAUGAGGCCUGUGAAGCGUUAGGGCCGCACUUUCUACACGGCAGAUUUGACUUUAGAGUUCUUAUCCUGACUGGAGAAAUAUGGGAAAACCCAAAAAGUACUCAAAAGAAUUUCUACUAUUAAUUUCAAUUUCAGUUGGAAAGUACUUUAUUUAUCCCAAAUGAAAAUUUGAUGUUGCAACUUAUGUCUUCAAGUAUCUCCGAAGACUUGUUUUGGAUUGUGAAGGACCUCCAAUAGCAGUCAGUCUUACAACAAAUCUGAAGUCCCUGACUGAGGACUGGUCCUUUAUGAUGGACUCAUGACUGUCGUCAAAGCUCAAUAUCCGGGCAACAGAAACAGUUUUCCACUCUCAGAUGUCCCAGAUGACAAUCCAGCUGCUAAUCCACUUUAUUUGCUUUUGUCACACCUCUUUAAAUCUCCGUCUGGUUCUUUGGUUAGAAUUCGACCAAGAGACGUUGGACUUGAUCCUUGCCCGUUACACUGCAAAACCACAAAAUCUUGACAAGAAUUUCUGGUGUUUUUAAUGCAAAUAUCUUAAAAUACCUGAAAUGAGAUCAAACUAACUUACAAGUAACUUUUCAGCAAGACAUAGCAGCUUGUUUUAAGUCCUUAGUUGAUACUGAUAUUAUUGACUCAAAACAUGACUUAUAUCUUGCUGAAAGUUACUUGUAAGUUCUGUCUUAUUUCAAGUGAAGUAAAAUAUUUGAGAUAAAAAUACCUUCUAAUAGUUUGUGUAUGUAGUCUAUGAUUGGUGGAAGAGAUCUUUGUAUCUCCCUCCUUCUCUUUCUAAUUUACUUUCUAUACCUAAAAGACAAACACGUUCACUGUUUGGCUUCUGAUCUUGACCCAAAUUAAAACCUGAGUAGUUCUGGAAAAUAGAGACAAAAGUUUGCGAUUGCCCUGACUGAUCCCAAUGAAAGAUUUCACUCCAUGGAGGCUGGCUGUCGAUUAGUUGAUUUAAGUGAAAACCUUCCUGUUAUUUCAACAGUGUGAUUAUUCUACUUUUACUUUUUUUUUCUUAUUUUGUCACCAAGGAAGAAAGUUCUCCUGUCUCUCUCAAAGAGGGAACACAGACCAACCAACUGUGUACAUAACUGCAGUCUUAACCGAAGUCUCUGUAAAUAUUUGUUUUAUUUACUAUUAUAAUAAUAUUUUUGUUUCCUUUUUUUAAACUAAUGGGAUUUUAGAUUGGUUGUUUGUGAGAAUUUGUUUAAUUUUGUUUUGAUACCUAAUGUGUGUAAGAGAAUUAUCAAAUUGUCGAUGUACAAAUUAUAAAGAACAAUGGUUUGUUAGUGUGUUUUUCUGUUUGUGCAGCAGUGAUGUUGCAAUGGAAUAAUAAAAGAUUUUUGGAAACUA